ACCAAUUUUGUGAAGAAAUUCUUCCGCUUCUACAUACUGCGAAAAGACUUCUUGCGGUUGUCCAAUGCGGACGGAACUAAACCGGAAACUUCGUUGACGUCAAACGAAUCAUCAGCACUGACUGUCAUUUUAAUAUUCAACAGCAUUCUGGACACCUUCUCGACUCACAGACUUUUCACAGGUUGUUGUUUAGGGGGCAGAACACCGCAUGCAGUGCAGCAGGCAGUGCAGACGACUUUUGACAGAACAGACGAGCGUGCGUGUUUCGUGUGCGAAAUGGCUAGAAUUACCAAUGGAACAGUGUGGAAAAGCCUCUCAAAUCUUAUCAUUUUGAUAUGUUGCGUCUUGCCUGGUGGGCUCCUAGAGCUGAUUGCCACACCCAGCACCUCAUUCCAACGAGGCUUCUACUGCAAUGAUGAAUCUAUACGCUACCCCUACAAGGACAGUACAUUCAGCACACUCCUCUCCUUCAUACUCUGUCUGGGAAUUCCAUUGCUUUUUAUGUUGAUCAUAGAAUUUCUCCUCUACAAUCGUUUCGACUGCCUCGGCGAGCCCCAGCGAGACGUCCCAUCCCACCGCGGUGUGAAGAUCCUAUGCCUGAAAGUCCACAGCUACCUGGCAGCUCUCUUUGCCGGCUACACCCCAUUCCUCUUUGCAGGUGGGAUGACGCUCUCAAUGACCAAUGUCCUGAAGUAUAUGGUGGGAAGAUUGCGCCCUCAUUUCCUCUCGGUGUGCCAGCCGGACUUUGCGAUGAUUCAGUGUAAGGACUCGAAUGGUUAUUAUAUCUACGUCGAAGACUUUCAAUGCUCAGCAGAGGCAAACAUAUCAACGCUGCUAGAUGCCAGACUGUCAUUUCCUUCGGGCCAUGCUGCUAGCGCUGCUUCUUCUUUCAUCUACCUCGCAAUUUACUUGCAAUUUCGUAUGGUGUGGAAUUCACCCUACCUUCUAAAGCCAUUCAUUCAAUCGCUGCUGGUGGCUUUUGCCAUGAUCAUCUCAGCCUCAAGAGUCUCUGACUUCAAACACUUCUUUAGUGACGUCUUCUGUGGCUUCUUUCUCGGCACUGCCAUCGCCGUUUUUGUGGCUUUCUUUGUGAGUGAUUUGUACUACUUUGAAUCACCUUCGAACUUGAAGGAAAAAGCAUCCACUGAUUUUGUGGGCUCUCGCACUGAUACUGACUUAUCCACUAUUGUCAGCAUACCGGCAAACUACAAGUCAACAGAAUCCAGUGAUGGCAGAAAACCAACAAAUAUUUAGCGGAUAUAAAAGAUCAACAACUCAUGUGGAUCUCUGAAGUAAUGAGAACCAAACUCUUCUGCUAAUAUUCCAUCAAGUAAUCAGGGGUGGAUUUCACAAAGAGUUAGGACUAGUCUUAUCUCGAGUUAGGACCAGUUACUCGUCCUAACUUAGGACUAUCCAUGCAAUUUGUAGGACUUAACUCUUUGUGAAAUCGACCCAAGGAAUAUCAAGAACCAACAGGUAAUUAGUUGACAUCCACAAGUGAUUUAGAUAACUUCUAAUUCAUGAUUGUCAGCUAAAAGUAGUAUUCCAAGAAGUAGAUGAGAAAAUAGAAGAAGAAAAAACUAUAUUACGUAGUUUGUUUUUCCUCUUUUCUCUAUGGUUGUGUGGUAAUAUAGCAAACAGAAGUAUUAUGCAAUGUUCAAAAGCUUAAUCAAAUUAAUAUGAAGAUAUCUAAUUUUUCAGUAUAUUUUUUGUAUGUUUGAAAACCAAUUGAUUUAUGUGUUAAUGUAAUUGUUCAUGUCUCAGCCUGUUUGGACUUAACUUAAAAAAAAUUAUAAUUCCAAAAGGAAAAAGGAGUUUGAAAAAAAAAAAACAUGAUCUUUUCUGCGGACAAUUACUGCGCAGAAGAAUUAGAAGAAAAAAGAAAGAGAUGGAAA